GGCACCAGCAGUCUCACCGCGACCGCCGUGAGAUCAGGCCGUGCUGCCAAGGCCACGCCUGCGACUGGCUCGAGAGGACGCUGACGCACGCACAGUGAUGCUAGCGGCAGAAUGAUGAUGCGCGCCCUGCUGCGACUGUCCCUGGUGCUGGCCGUGGCAGCCCAGCUGGUGCCGCUGCGACUCGUCGCCGGCGACGACGACGCCGACGGCAUGCUGCUGCACCGCCAGUGGACGGGAAAUGGCGCACAGCCGCACCACCACCUCCGCCACCACAGAGGUCACGUGCGGGAGUUCACUUGCGGCCGGCUCUACUACCGCACGUUCUUCCUGGACGCCAAGAGGGACGCGCUCUACGUGGGGGCCAUGGACCGAGUGUUCCGGCUAAAUCUCAGCAAUAUCAGCCACUCCAGCUGCGAGAGAGACUACCUGAGUCUCGAGCCGAGCCAUGUAGCCAGCUGCGUUUCCAAAGGAAAAUCGGAACACUUCGACUGCCGGAACCACAUCCGCGUCAUCCAGCCCAUCACCGACGGCAACCGGCUGUACAUAUGCGGCACAAACGCCCACAACCCUAAGGACUGGGUCAUUUACGCGAACCUGACGCACCUGUCGCGGCGCGACCACGUGCCCGGCGUGGGCACGGGCGUGGCCAAGUGCCCGUACGACCCGGCGGACAACUCGACGGCGGUGUGGGUGGAGCGCGGCAACCCGGGCGGCCUGCCGGGCCUCUACAGCGGCACCAACGCCGAGUUCACCAAGGCCGACACCGUCAUCUUCCGCACCGACCUGCACAACCUCACCACCGGCCGCCGCGAGUUCUCCUUCAAGAGGACCCUCAAGUACGACUCCAAGUGGCUCGACAAGCCGAACUUCGUGGGUUCCUUCGACGUGGGCGAGCACGUGCUGUUCUUCUUCCGAGAGCCGGCCGUGGAGUACAUCAACUGCGGCAAGAGCGUCUACUCGCGCGUGGCGCGCGUCUGCAAGCGCGACACCGGCGGCAAGAACAUCCUCUCGCAGAACUGGGCCACCUUCCUCAAGGCGCGCCUCAACUGCUCCCUGCCCGGCGAGUUCCCCUUCUACUUCGAUGAGAUACAGGACGUGUACCGCAGUCCGGACGACCCGGACCGCUUCUACGCCGUCUUCACGACUUCCGGCACCGGCCUGGUGGGCUCGGCCAUCUGCUCGUACACGCUGCAGGACGUGCAGCAGGCGUUCCGCGGCCGCUUCAAGGAGCAGGCGACCAGCAGCUCCGCCUGGCUGCCCGUCCUCUCCAGCAAGGUGCCGGAGCCGCGGCCGGGCGAGUGCGUCAACGACACGGAAACGCUGCCCGACACCGUUCUCAACUUCAUCCGGUCGCACCCGCUGAUGGACUCGGCGGUGGCUCACGAGAACGGGAAGCCGGUGUUCUACAGGCGCGACGUGCUCUUCACGCACGUCGUCGUGGACCGCGUCCAGGUCGACCUCGCCGAGUACAUCGUCUACUACGCCGGCACCAAUACCGGCCACGUGUACAAGGUAGUGCAGUGGUACGACAGGAAUGAUGAGUCGUCUUCCAUCCUGAUAGACAUCUUUGACUUGAUGAAGGGAGAACCAAUACGUGCCAUGGAAAUAUCCAAAGAGCGGAAGUCUCUGUACGUGUCGUCGGACCAGCGGGUGCGCCAGGUGGACCUGGUGACGUGCAACCGGCGCUACGACAGCUGCCUGCGCUGCGUGCACGACCCCUACUGCGGCUGGGACCGCGACACCAGCUCGUGCAAGCCCUACACGCAGGGGCUGCUGCAGGACGUGACCAACUCGAGCGCCAGUGUAUGCGACAGCAGCGUGUCCAAGAAGCGGCUGACGGUCACGUGGGGCCAGAGCGUGCACCUGGCGUGCUACCCACGCGUGCCCGACGCGCUCUUCAGCCAACCCGUCGCCUGGGCGCACUACAGCAAGGAGCGCGGCCGCUACCACAUCGCCUACAGGCCCGAGAAGUACAUCGAGACGUCGGAGCACGGCCUGGUGAUCAUCGCGGUGACGGAGGCGGACGCGGGCCGCUACGACUGCUGGCUGGGCGGGGCGCUGCUCUGCUCCUACAACGUCACCGUCGACACCCACCGCUGCUCGCCGCCCGGAAAGUCGCACGACUACCAGAAGAUCUACUCCGACUGGUGCCACGAGUUCGAGAAGUACAAGACCGCCAUGAAGUCCUGGGAGCGCAAGCAAGCGCAAUGUAUCACGGGGCAGAAUGACAGUAAUCAGAACCUGCACACAAAUGAGAUAUAUCCGAGGAGUCCGCUGGUGAGGUAACUCCCAGUGAUAGAGGGCGGCGCAGUCUCCAGCGAGAGCUGAUCUGAUCUGAUCGGCAAGUUUACUCAUCACCGCAAUAAUAUAAAAAGUGAAAAAGUGACAAUUGUGGACUGUUUGCUGGAGGAUGUGGGAGUGUUUCAUAAGUGAACUGUAUGUUUGUGUAGCUCUACAUGUUCCACGAACGUGACGAGGGAAAGGACGACUUAAAAUUGUUAUUUUCAUUACAACUCUGUGCUUAGGUAUGAAUCAAGGACAGCCUGCUCUGAUGCUUCGGAGUAAAUCUGUGAUAUUCAGUGUCAAGCUCUGACACUGUGAUAUAACGAACUUUUGUGAGACAUUAAAGUGUGCCUGAAGAAAGAAUGGACACAAUUUUGUACUGCUUGUGUAGAAGGAACAAGCAAAUGUCUUAUUUUAUUUCGAAAGGAAGGACCACUUCACAUUAGAAAUGUUCGACCCAGCAAUAAGUGCUAAAUAACGUAAAAUCUCUAUCAUCCUCUUCUCCUCCUUAAAAUUUCAUCAUCCAUAAGCAAAUUCCAUAUAUAUUUCUAUUCCACUUUUUCUAUUUCCAGCUUUCGUCGCAUUCUGCUGAAUAUCAGAAUCAUAGAUAACCUAUUUCAUAGCAAUAACAUUUACUUUCUUAUACUGAAAAGUUACUUCUUACAAAUAAUAAAAGUUGUUUCAAACUACCUUUCAUUUCCCAGUGACAAGAAAAUGAAAGAAUCUGUACAUAUCUAUGUAUAAAAACUUUGUACAUAUGAUAAUAAAGUUAGUAACAGCGUUCUGUAGUUUGACAUUCGUCUAUUGUGAAAAAAAAAUUAAUUGUGAUACCGAAAACGUUAGCUCUGGUGUUGUUAACUACCUUUUAUAUUUAUUUACUUCUUUUUUUCACAUUAGGCUCCACAAUCUCUGAAAGUUUGUUAGGGAUUAAACCAAUGGUUUCAAUAAGACAGCAAAUUUAUUGUCAGAGUUUCAAGUUUACUGAUGCUUCAUAGAAAAGU